AUGUCGCUUGCCGCGCGGGUUGAAGAUGCCUCCGACUCCGAUCCGGACGAGAUGGAUCCGGCCGACUUCGACCCGCUACCCUCAAUCAUCUCGCCGGCGAACAUCCCCGUGUCGGCGCCCAGCGUCUCACAGCCCCGGCCGCCGGCGCAGGCGGACAUUCCCCGCCAUUUCCAAUGCGUGUAUCCCGUUUACUUCGACCAAACACGGUCGCGCGCCGAGGGAAGGAAGGUUGCCAAAAAGCUCGCAGUCGCCAACCCGCUGGCGCGCGACAUCCUCGACGCGGUGCAGAUGCUGGGGCUGGAGGUCGGGUUCGAGGCCGAUAAGCUGCAUCCCAAAGACUGGGCCAACCCUGGCCGGGUGCGUGUUUUGCUCAAGCGCGAGGACGGGGGCCUGGUGAACGAGAGCGUGAAGAACAAGCAUCAUCUCUACAUCUACAUUGCGCAGUACCUGCAGGCACACCCAACGACCGCGCAGUCGCCGUAUCGGCUGCGCAUCCGCGGCGUGCCGGUGCCCGACAAGCCGCUGCCGGCUCCGGCGGCGCCGCGAGGGUGGAAGAUGGGCACGAUCCUGCCGUUCCACUCGCCGGCAUACUCGGGCGGCGGCGUGACGGACAACCCGUUCAAAGAGGCGAUGAUGGAAAUGCAGGCGCAGCAGGGCCUGCCGACGGCGAGUGGCGGCGGGGAGGCGAAGAAGAACAAGAAGGAGAAGAAGAAGGGGCGGGCGUGA